CGGCUCGACGUCAACAAAACAUCGCUUGAUCCGCUUCCCUCACUUCCGGUUGUUGGGCAAGAGCAACUUUCAAAGCUCAUUCGACCGAGUAUCUGUGAGACUGUCCAGUCAGGUACAUACAGGUGGAGCUGUACAUCUCAUCUCAGACCAUUCCGUGCUAAGAGCGAAAAGAAAAUUCAUCUUCGCGGAGAUUGAGGAGACUGGGACUGUGGAACUGGGGAGACUUCACAAUGACAUCCACAUACGUAAUGAGAUCGCCACUUUCGUGGACAACUUUGUUAGCUACUCUAGGAAUAUGCACGAGGACCGUCUUUUCUCAGUCGACAGGCUCGUCGGCGGGGACAUCCAGUGGUGUCAGCGAGGACGUUGUUGUGGCCUCCCUGGUGAUUGCAGUGGCUGCGUGUGUGGGCGUGGCUGUCUGUCCAUCAUCUUUUGUUGCUACUUCUCGCGAAUGCGUAAGCACCGUAGAGCCAGCAUGACAACUGACUUCAGCAUGACAGAGAAGUACCACCCAGCGCCCGAGAUUCGCGCUAAUGACAUCAAGGAGGCUUCUAACCCGGUGCGUCAGGGACAAGUUAGCGCUGGUGUAGGGACACUCCGCCAGGUGUCGCUGUCGCUGCUCCAGGAUCUCCUCCUCAACCUCUACAACGUCAACAUCAAGAUUAACGGCCAUGCGCCACCUGCUGACUCACUGCCUUCACCUGCCGACCACGUGGGUAUGACGUCAGCUGGCGCGGACCAGGUCCAAAGACAACUGAAGCUCGGACUGCUGAAAAUCUUUCCUCAGGACCCAGGUAAAGUGGAGACUUUCCUGUCUCUGGGACAGGUCAUCAUGACCGCCAGUUCUGUCCGACAACUGAUUGACGCCGUCUACCGCGUGGUGCGCGUGGGUGUGGGCGUGGUCAGAGAAUGGGGCGUGGCCGGACAGGACCGAGAAGGCGUGGUUCCCUGCGAGGGCGUUGGUCACAUCAACUUGGAGACGGAGGAGGAGGCAAACUGCGUGAGGCUGUCGUGGGAUGCGCACAAGUUCUCCACAAACCUGCUGGACACGGUGUCCGCGGUGUGCCAGGCGCUGCGGGAUGAGCGUCGCCAGCCCACACCUGUGGAGUACCUGGCUGUGCAGAUGGCCUAUCACCUGCUGGACAAGGGCCAACAAAUGAUCGACUCAAGACACAGACCUCUUGGAUGCCCUGGAUUCCGGCCCCACUCGAAUACCCAGUUAGCGCUGACAGACAGCGGCUACGGACAUCUUCUGGGCAGCACGCGUCGCAGCGAGUGGCUCCAGGGGGUAGUCAUCCACGUGCAAACCAUAGGUAGUUUGGAGGACAAGGUUGACUCUGCGCCCUCUCUCUACGACUUUGCCAAAGUGAGGCUGCACGUGGGGGACGCGGCGCCCACCACCUUUUUUGUCUCCCGAAAGCUCGUGCGAGCCAGAGAUGGAGAGGCGCUGUCUGGAGAGGUUUGGGAGUCGGAGCUGUCCAAGAUGGUGCAGAUGAUGUCUGCUUCUCUUUCUGCGGCCUUCUCACAGGGGGCAGCAGUGUGUCACGUGUCUAUGGCGAAUCUGACUACACCUCACAGGCUGUGACCUUCAUGACCCAGCUGAGGCCACUUGUUCGCCGCGAACGUCACCUGCAGGCCCUGUCGGCGGUGUGGGACGUGGGUCGAGCGAUGACCGACGACUAUUCUAGUGACAACGGAGGCGAGCCGAAGGAGAAUGGGGGAGUUCUCACCACGAGGGUCAUCACAGAACCCCACCACAUCGCCCGGCGCGCCAUAGAGAUCACCCUCAUGGGCGGCUUCGAUCAGGUCACAUGGUUUUCUUCUUGCGAUGACAGUGGAGAAGAGGCGACGAAAAACCUUAACGUCUUGCGCCGCCUGACGCCGCACCAGGUCCUCUCGCUCGUGCAUCAUGCGCACUCCCUAGGGAUGCUGACGUGCUUCACUGGGGGCGUAACUUGCGAGGACAUCCAGCCUGCAGUGCUGGGCGGCGCAGACGCCGUGGGCGUGGGCGGGGCGGGGCUGCUGCACGCGCCAAGUCCGGACAGGAACGACGCGCGAUUAGGUCCCUUCCUGGAAGAGAACAUCCCCCUGGUGCUGGCCUGUCGUGACGAGGCGGCCUUGUCCCCUCUGGGCCGCGCGGCCCAUCUCCUGGCCCGUCUGGACGCCAUGUUUUUCGAGGGCUCAUUGGCCAGCGCCGAACGGUCUUCGCAAGCAGCUCUUUGACGCCAUCGUGGACAACAACGAGCAGGUCAUUCGCUCGGUGACCAGCAAGUUGGAUGACAUUGUUGGCCUGCCCAGCGAGUUCGGCCACCCCUUGAUGGGUGUGGCUCGCCGCCUUCUGGCUCGCAAGGCGCCCGCCCUGAAGGACGAGGCCGACUCCGCCUAUGAGUGGGCCAUGUUCACCACGCGCCUCCGUGCACUGGUCAACAAAGGUGACGAGGGAGGCGUGAGCGAGGAGUACGCGGGUGAGCCAUGGCACACGUACCGGAAACGCUACAGAGCACGACGAGAAGGCGGCAAGGGCUUUUUCCGCCAAGUAUCCUUCCAGGUGUCCUUGAAAACGAAUUUUUGAAAAAAAGGGGGUCACCCGACUGAACCUCUACAGAUUUCGGGUGGGCCGUUGGAUGGAUAUUGAUUAGCGAUAGUUAACGGUACAUAAGGAUUAAAAAUAUACAGAACUGCAGUUGAUCCUUUGUGUAAGAAGUGAGGAUUUAUGAAAAUGUCACAAAAUGAGUGGUAAACUGGAAUCAGAGAUAUACGACCAUGGGUAGUGGUGAUGUGGUGGUGGCGAGCUGUAUGUUACAGUAUUUAAUGGACAGUCGCACGAUAUUUUUAUUUGUGCAUUUCUUUGUUAAGAAGCAUAUUAUCAUACAUCUGUUGCUAAAAUUGCAUCAAGUAGAACAAUGUGUAAUACAUUUUAACAAAGUUCAUCAUUUAACCAGAAUUAGUGCUCUCUCUCUCCUCUCUCUCUCGUGUAUUUCUCUGGAUUGUUAUCCACUGUUACAACUGACAACUGCUCCAUCACUUAGUUAUUUGUUAAUACGAAACUGAGUACUGUUCCGAUGAUUUUGUGCCAAAAUUUAAAUGAGAUUUGCUUUGGAGAGUGCCAGGUUAUAUUUUGUUAUACAUAUCACAGCCUCUACCUGAUGUCUCAUUUUGUAUGUUUAUAUCAUAAAAAAUGCAAAAUAUAUGAUUUGUGAAAAGAAAUAUAUUAAUAAAAACGGAUUGUUUGCUUUAAAA